CUUGUCCGCUGCCACAGCAACCGCACGCGCUGAUUCGGCUAGUCUGAUUAGUGGAGCAGUGCUAGCUAAACCGGGUAAAGUUUUACAGCGUUUUCUCGUUUUAAAGACAGUAACUAUGUAGAGAAUGUGUCAUAUUCAGGACAUAUGUCAUAUAGAUGAUCACUAAAAGCUGACUGGCAACAAAAUACACAAGAUGACCGACAGAAAAUGUCAAAUUGGACCAAGCAGCACUCCUGUUUAUCCUUGGUAUAAAGAAAGACUCCGCACUAAGUGUCUGAAGGACCCAGUUCAGAAGCUGAAGCUCUCCGGAGCCUUGAAUGGACGCGGAUGGCGUUUUUUGACAGCAGGACUUGAUGAUUUUAGAGACGGCUACCCCAUACCCCAAGCGGGGACUUUGACACAGCCCCAGCAUGGAACUGAAGCUGUCAUUUUUGGCCUAUCCCAUAAGCCAGAGAAAUCAUCAAGAAGACGUUUUACCAAAGAGCAGGUGUGCUUCUCCAAACAGAACUGCCUACGCCAGACACGUCGCCGACUUGUGGACGCCGUGGAGCAGAGCCUGAGCACACACCCGUUCGCUCUCUAUCCGCAUUUAGGAAGUGGCAUGGCACCUGAGCUGUUCAAUGACGUCUUGUCCGUCCUGGACCCAGCCAUGCAUGUCACGAUUGAGACACCUAUUCAAGAGACUUUACCAGAGCAGACAACAGAAUCACCUAAUAUACUAAUUUCCAGGCAAGAUGAGGGAAAAAACUCUACUCAGAAUCCCUAUAAAUUGAAGGAUGCUAAGGAGAUCUUGCUAAUCAAAGAAGACCAAAUGUUUAGCAACAAAAGCUUGCACUCCACCUGUCUGGAUGAAGAAAUCAAUAAAGUCACCAAACUCUUCUGUGACUGGGUCACCUCACUGGGUGAGGAGACCAAUGACAUCGCAGAGUCCACUAUCCUGGACCUCUUUGCCAGUGGCUGUGAAAAGAAGCCUGUCUUAACAUUCCAAGCUGUUGGAGCCAAUGAAAAACCAGAGGAGCUGCAUAAAGACUAUUCACACAACCUGCAACUGAAAGACUCAGAGUUGAACAAGGUGUAUAUUCCUAAUAAAAAAACUACAUAUGGCGCAUGGUAUUUAAACCCUAAAACAUGGAAGAAGCGGCCUGCAAAUGAGCCACUGAGAGACCCUUCACUGACUGAAGAUUCUGAGUUUGAGCAGCAACCCACUGAGAAGGAUGAAGAACUGAAGCAGAUUUAUGGAGCUCAGGCCUUCAAGCAGUUCAUCAUCAAUAAAGGAUUAAGAGUUCCCAGGUUUCUCAGUUCCAUUUUUCCGGAGGAAGAGCAGGAGAAUGGGACCAGAGAGACAGAUGCAACAGUUUCAGCACCGACACGCUCGGGAACUGCCAUGCUUUAAAUACACCUCAACUAUCAUUCAUGUGGUGCAGC